AGGAGAGAGAGAGAGAGAGAGAGAGAACGAGGGCACUGAAGUAGAGAGAGAGAGAGGGGCAGGUUAUCAAUGGCGAACCAAGGGGCGAAGAAGCGCAGGGAAGAGAAUCUGAAGCACAUGGCCAAGCUGCUUCGUCUCAUCAUAGCGUGCAACGUUAUAUAUGUGUUGAUUAGGAUGCUUUUUUUCCAUUCUACCUUCACCUGGAAGCAUUGGCUUGGACUCCUCAUAACUUCUGCAGUGUAUGCAUUUCCCUAUUUUGAGCUUUCAAAGAUGGCAAAACCAGCGUAUGAUGACAAGGGGGAGCUCAUUGAUGGGGGCUUUGAUAUGACCACUGGUGGAUUUUGUGGCUAUCUCCAUGAUGUGAUCUAUAUAACAAGCUUUGUACAGUUAACUUCUAUCAUUUCUGGAAAAUUUUGGUACACUUAUUUGGUGAUACCAGCAUUUGGUGCAUACAAGCUUUAUGAUGUCGCCAAGGGAUUCAUGUCUCAGGGUUCAGAGGGAGGGGUGGAAGAUGACAAGAGCCGCAAGAAAAGGGAAAAGUUGGAAAAGAAGGCCUCAAGACAAAAAUUUGUUAAGACGAGAAAUAGAUGAAAUGGAAUGCACCUGUGCAAUGAUAGCUUGAAUGGAGUGAGGGGCUCAAAAGGCCAAUAGUAUCAUAGGAAUGACCAAGCUUGAGCUGAUGAAUCUUCAGUUAACUAUAGGAAGCAGUUCCAUUUUCUGGUCAUUAUUCACCUAAUGUUAUUUUCCCAUGUUGAAAGUUUACAAACUUCAAGGCUGUAUUUUGGUGCUUGAAAAGUUUACAAACUCGUAAGCUGUGUUCUGGUGCGUGAAUGUCAGUAUUGGGGAGAGAGAGAGCUUUUGACCAUAUGUCAAGGGGGGCACUUACUCAUUGUACAUAAACCAUGAUUCAAGAAAAGUUGUUCUCACAGGACAGAAAAAUGGCGUCCUUCCUCUCUUAAGAGGAGAUUCCUUCAACAUUCAAUAGAAUAGGUAUUGCAGUGCCAUUCAG